AUGUACCACUCAGCAUUUUGCAGUGUUGAUGUUUUUCAGCCUAGGAUGCUAGCUGCAAGGUUCUCAUGCACGUUGAACACUCACAACGUGAGAAUUGGACACUGCACAAAGGUACCCAGGAAUGUAAACAUGCAGAAACUGCAACAUGGUUAUUUAUUUCCUGAGAUUGAAAAACAAGAGCUGAUGCACUUGAAGAUGCAUCCACAUGCAAAUGUAAUAGACCUUGGAGUUGGUGAUACGACACAACCCUUACCAACAAUUGUAACAUCUAGUAUGGUUGAUUUUGUACAUGGCCUUUCAACAACAGCAGGCUAUAAAGGAUAUGGACCAGAGCAAGGUGAAAAGGCCUUGAGGAAGGCAAUUACUGUUGCAUUUUACAAAGAUCUGGGGAUUAAACCUUCGGAGGUUUUUGUUUCAGAUGGUGCACAGUGUGAUAUUACUCGUCUUCAGCUGCUUAUGGGUCCCAAUCUGAAGAUAGCUGUGCAGGAUCCAUCCUUUCCGGCGUAUAUAGAUUCGAGUGUCAUAAUUGGUCAGGCUGGCAAGUUUGUAGAUCAAGCUGGGAAGUAUAAAAACAUAGAAUACAUGACAUGUGGACCUCAAAGUAACUUCUUUCCUGAUCUGACAAACAUUUCUAGGACAGAACUUAUUUUCUUCAAUUCUCCAAACAAUCCCACUGGUCAUGCCGCAACCAGGAAGCAAUUAGAGCAACUUGUGGAUUUUGCCAGAGUGAAUGGAUCAAUCAUUAUCUUUGACUCUGCAUAUGCAGCAUAUGUUACAGAUGAUAGUCCUAAAUCAAUCUACGAAAUUCCUGGAGCCAGAGAGGUUGCAAUUGAAGUUUCAUCCUUCUCGAAAUUUGCUGGCUUCACAGGUGUUCGCCUUGGUUGGACAGUGGUCCCUGAAGAACUAUUGUAUUCAGAUGGCUUCCCUGUUAUGCAUGAUUUCAACCGUAUAAUGUGUACAUGCUUUAAUGGAGCAUCCAGUAUAGCUCAAGCUGGUGGAUUAGCAUGUCUUUCCCCAGAAGGUUUAAGGGCCAUACAGUCCCUUAUCGACUACUACAUGGAGAAUGCAAGGAUGCUGGUUGAUGCUUUGACUUCUCUUGGUCUGACAGUUUAUGGUGGUAAAAAUGCACCCUAUGUUUGGGUCCAUUUCCCUGGCUCGAAAUCUUGGAAUGUUUUUGCUGAAAUUCUUGAGAAGACUCACAUUAUUACUGUCCCGGGUUGUGGUUUUGGACCAGGUGGGGAAGGCUACAUAAGAAUUAGUGCUUUCGGCCAGAGAGAUUCCAUCAUUGAAGCCUCACAGAGACUUAAAUACCUUAACUAUCAGGAGCAAAACUAA